AUAAUGGAACGAAUCCAGAAUUACCAUUCAUUGAAGUAGAUAUUGUAGCAGCUGCCACAGACAACUUCUCUCCCGCUAACAAGCUUGGAGAAGGUGGUUUUGGUACUGUAUAUAAGGGUCGGUUGUUCAACGGGAAGGAGAUAGCUGUUAAAAGACUAUCCAAGAAUUCAGGGCAAGGAAUGGAAGAGUUUAAAAAUGAAGUUCUACUGAUUGCCAAACUUCAGCAUAGAAAUUUGGUUAGGCUUCUAGCUUGUUGUGUCCAUGAAGAAGAAAAGAUGCUAAUCUAUGAGUAUAUGCUCAACAAAAGCUUGGACUCUUUUAUUUUCGAUAAAACUAAGAGUGCAUUGCUUGAUUGGCGAAAACGAUUUGAAAUCAUAGAUGGAAUUGGUCGAGGUGUCCUCUAUCUUCACCAAGACUCUAGGUUGAGAAUCACUCAUAGAGAUUUGAAAGCCAGUAAUGUGUUGCUAGACGAAGAGAUGAACCCCAAAAUUUCAGAUUUUGGUAUGGCGAGAAUUUUUGGAGGAAACCAAAUUCAAGCAAAUACAGCCAAAGUGGUUGGUACAUAG